CUCUUUUUGGUCCUUUUCUGACAUUUGUAUGUCAUGUAGAAAAUGUUGGGGCUGAUUUUUCUUUCAAUUAUUUGAACUCCAUCACAUAAAGUUUGAUUUUUUUCCCCCUCGUGCUACGGGAUGAGGAUCACAUUGGCUGAGUCUAUAAAGUAGGAAAAAUGAGUUUUCUGGAGGGAAUGAACAUGCUUCUUACAUCUGAAGAACACUGCAUUGGUCGGUUGGUAGAUGAUACCCGUUUCCAGAUAUUGUCUCCAGCUGUUAGUGCUCAACAUUGCAAGAUUUACAGGAAAAAGGUUGUCAGCGAAGAUAUGGAGCAUUCUGCCAACAGUUGCACUGCAGUCUUUCUGAAAGAUUCAAGCACAAAUGGGACGUAUCUGAAUUGGGAAAAGUUGAACAAAAGUAGUCCUGAAGCCAGACUACGUCAUGGUGAUAUUAUCUCAAUUGCGUUUGCUCCACAUCAUGAACUUUCAUUUGCCUUUGUGUUCCGAGAAGUUCUCAUAUCUGUUUCUUCAGCUGAUGCUACUGUUCAAAAGAGAAAAGCAGAGGAAUAUGGUUCAGAAAGCAAAAGAUUCAAGGGAAUUGGAAUUGGCACUUCUGAAGGUCCCAUUUCUCUGGAUGACUUUCGUAGCCUGCAGCGGUCAAACACGGAACUGCGAAAGCAACUGGAAAGUCAUGUCGCAACUAUUGAUUCCUUGCGCACUGAAAACCGUGCUGCUGUGGACCGUCAUGAGAUGGAAAUGAAAGAAUUGAGGGAAUCGGUUUCUAAACCAUACCUUGAAGAACUCAAAGAAUUACAGCAGUCAUUGGAAGCCAAAGAAAAGGAGUUAGUUGAAUCAAAUAGAAUAUCUGCAGAGCAGAAUCAUGCUUUGGAAAACCUUAAUGAAAGACUUGGUGCAUCUGAGCAAUCCUGUGUUGAAGCCAAUGAAAUAAUAAGCAGCCAGAAAGCAUCAAUUUCAGAACUGAAAGCUUUGCUUGAUGAGGAGCGUGAACAGAGGAAAGAAGAACGUGAAAAGGCUGCUUUGGAUGUAAAAACCUCUAUACAGAGAGUGCAGGCUGAAGCCCAGGAGGAAAUAAAACGGCUCUCAGAAUCUGCUGUCAGACGAGAAAAAGAGCAGCAAGAAAUUAUUAAUAAGCUUCAGGAGUCAGAGAAGGAAAGUUGUUCACUGGUGGAAACUUUGAGAUCCAAGUUGGAAGACACCAGGCAGAAAUUGGUUAUUUCUGACAACAAAGUUCGUCAGCUUGAUGCUCAAAUUCGUGAGGAGCAAUUAUCUUCUGCCUGUAGGAAAAAAAGAAUAGAGGAACUUGAGCAUGAGAGGAAAAUGUUGAGCAAAGAGCUUGAAAGUGAAAAGCAGGCAGCUCGGGAAGAGGCGUGGGCCAAAGUUUCUGCUCUUGAACUAGAGAUCAGUGCUGCAAUGCGGGAUCUUGAUUUUGAGAGGCGCAGACUGAAAGGUGCUAGAGAAAGAAUAAUGCUACGAGAAACACAACUCCGGGCUUUCUAUUCUACUACCGAGGAGAUCUCAGUUUUGUUUGCGAAGCAGCAAGAGCAAUUAAAGGCAAUGCAGAGGACAUUAGAAGAUGAGGAAAAUUAUGAGAAUACCUCUGUCGAUAUUGACCUUAAUGCAUACAAUGGGAACAUGAAUGGAUCCCUAGUAAGAAAGAAAGAAGUAGGAGAUGGAAGUCACGAUGUGACUGGAGCUGGCUGCAGUGCUGCCAACACAAGACGCGUCAGGGAAUUAUUUGAGUUAUCAAGUGAUGAAGCAAGUGCCACAGAGAAGCAUGAUUGCAAUAACAGAAGCGAAGAAGGGGGACAAGACACGCAGGAGGUGGAAUUUGCUGGUGCUGAAAGUGAGGUGAAGGGUGGAUUUGGUUCUGAAGUCGAUGGUGUUGGGACAGCACCCAUUGAGGGAGAUGCUGUGGGAACUGAGCUAGUCCCUGAAAGUGAUACUGCUGGUGUAGCAGCCAAUAUGGAGGGUGACCUUGUUGGAACGGAACACGUGCAAGAGACUGAGAGCUUGGGAAUCAAUGGUGAAAGGAAUAUAGAUUUAAACAAGUUUUGUGCUUUAGCUGGGAACACAAUGCAGCUGGAUGAUGGAACUCCAGGGAAAGAAGCUCAGGUGCAGAAUCCUGCAAUUUGUGAUGAGAGUAUGCCUCCUUCCCCAGAAAAUAAUCUCGCCGAGGAUGAUAACGUGAUUGAAGAUACUGAAGCUGAAGGAACCAUCAGGACAGCUGAUCUUUUGGCUUCAGAGGUAGCUGGGAGCUGGGCGUGCAGCACGGCUCCUUCUGUCCAUGGUGAGAAUGAUACUCCUAAGAGUAAAGACAACGAUGCAUGCCCUGCAGCUUUACAAGAUUCAGGUGCUCCAGGGGGUGAGAGUCAAUGCGCUACAUCUACUUCCAAAGCUCCUUCUAGAUGGGAUAAUGAUCGUAAAGCACUGAGCGAGAUGAUUGGAAUUGUUGCUCCUGAUUUGAAGGAGCAAUUCAGUCAUGCAGUUGGUAGUGACUGUGAUGAAGGAGGCGCUUCUGAUUCUGCUACAGAAAGUUGCACUGACGAUGAGGAUAACAUAAUGAAUACUGAAGCAGCAUCUGACGCAGAGACAAUUGACGGUGAGAAAGUGAAUGAGGAUGCGAUGGAAGAAGAUGAUGAAGCCACCCAAGAAGAUUCUGUUGGAUAGCUGGCAUGCAUGUGUAUUGAACUGGGUAUUGUUUCUGGUUCUUCUAGUUAGGUUCGGGAUUUAGAAGCAUAAGAUUACCAUGGGUCGGAAGCCACACGCCAAGCUUCCCUAAACAGGAGGAAGGGGAGACUCGUGCUCUGAUAUCAGAUCUCAUACUUAUCAUUUCAGACGGCUUGGAUCAUGUACAGAAGGUAGCCAGGUAGUGUAUCUCUAAACUUUAUGUAGUCACUUCAAAAUGUCAGCGUGAAGUUUUUUAUUUGUAUAUAUUUAGAGAACUUUCUAGAACUAGAAAUCUUGGUUAGGCUAAGUCAAUGUGCAUUAGGUGUUGAUUGUUUGCUUGGCACCUCUCAAGUAAAUUCUCAAGAGUGUUGACCAGCUUAUUCUUUUUUUAAUAUUUUUUUAUUGUUAAGUUUUCCCCAAAGUACACAAGGACUUGGUGGUCAUGUAAUAGUUUUGGUCGUAAUUAAACUUCACCGCCAAGAAUUUUAGUUUUUUCCCAAGGAGUUAUAAAGAUUGAGUGCCUCAACUCCUGUGUAAGCUAAACAUGUGAAAUGAAAGGGCAUUACUUGAA